GACAGUCCAACAAAAGGCUUAAUUUAUCCCACCACCAUUCCCAUCCCAUUCCUAAAGCUGCAUCUCUCUCUCUCUCUCUCUCUCUCUCUCUCUCUCUCUCUCUCUCUCUCUCUAGUUAUGUUUCCGGGCAACUUUAUCUUCCUCUAAACGCUGCCAUAUUUACGUGCGCUCGACAGAGCUGCAUUAUUGCCAUAGGGGGGGUUUUCAGUUUUGUAACUUAAUUGGCUUCCGACUUUCAUUCUUGCAUGGCUUCUUCUUCUUCUUCUUCUGGUCGUUGGGUGCGACGAGUACUCUUCGUUUUUAUCUUGGUUGAGGUCUGGUUCCUCUUCAACAUUGGGUGCGUCGACAGUGCAAAUGAUAUCGCAGCCAAGAAGUUGAAAGUCGGUAACAUUUCAAAAGUGGAAGAUGCCGUCAAUUUCCAUAUUUACUACGGCCAGACCUUCAAAGUCAUCAAGAACGCCAUUGACGGCAAGAGCUACCUUCUCAUCCAGAAUGAUUCGAGGAUGGCAUCAAGGACAAAAUAUUGCACCUCAAGGAUCAAAUCUUAUGUAAUUCCACUGUCAAACUAUUCCGCUAAUACCGAAUUAUUUCCAGUUUCCUUUUUCGAGCUUCUAGGCUUACUAGGGAGCUUGAAGGGUAUUACAGCAGAUUCCGUGACUUCUCAAUGCGUGCUAAAAUUAUAUCAAAGUGGAGAAAUUAAGUUGAUCAACAAGAGUGAGCCGCAACAGCUUGCCCAAUUUGGAGCACACUUUGUCACCGACACUGAUCAAGCACAAGCUGCUUGCAAUUUCGCAUCCUUUGUUCCCUUUGCAGAGGACACACCUCUGCAGAGGGCCGAGUGGAUCAAGUUUCUGGGAGCCUUCGCAAAUCUUGAAACCACAGCUAAUGACUUCUACAAUGCAGUUAAAGAAAAUUAUUUGUGCUUGGCUAAAGUCGCGGCCAGCAAGAAAUCAUUCAAACCGACGGUAGCUUGGAUUGUGUAUUACGAUGGAGUCUGGUCAUUUACAAAGGAAACAUUCAAGUUGAAGUUUACAGAAGAUGCAGGCGGAGAAAAUGUGGACAAAUCCAUCAAUAAGAUGACCUACAACAUCUCUAAUCCUGAUGACUUGGAGGAAUUUCAUGCCAUCCUAUGUACUCUGGAUGUACUUAUCGACGAAACGUUUACUUCUGAUCCGGCGGCCUACUCUUUAUCAACUUUCCUCCAAAAUAUAAAUGUUGAAGAUCACUCGUGUUUGGCCUUUCUUUCAAACAAAAGCUUAUGGAGAUACGAUAAAAGAAUUUACAACUCGACUCUUGAUUGGUUCGACGGAGCGGUCUCUCAACCUCAGUUGGUGUUAGCAGAUCUCAUUGAAGCUUUAUUCCCCACAGGAAAUUACACAACAACACACUUCAGAAACCUUGCAAAGGAAGAAGUAGUAAUAAGCAUUGGCCCAGACAUGUGUGAUAGGGAUAACUCCACAGCAAUGCAACCCACAAUUGUAGCUUGCGGAUAAUGCUUCUAUGAUUUCAAAUUUCUUUGUCCCUAAUUUCUCCAAUUUUUCCUCAAGUUGAUGAUAUAUGCAACACAGCAAUGUGAUUCUAGUCAUUAAUUUUAGUCCUUAGAUAUAUCCUCUGUAAAACAUUUCAAUUUGCUUAUACAUAUGCUUUGUUAUUUUCAAGAAAUUAGUGAACCAAUUUUCAGUUGGGUACUUCAA